AUUUUCAUGUAAUAUGUGGAAUUGUGUCACUGUACUUUGCAUUGUCAACUUAGGCCUACUGUUUAUUUACAUACAGUAAGAUAAUACUGAAUAGUACUAAUCUGUAGGCUACAGAAUUAGAAAUUGUUUUAUGGAGCUGCUUAUGGAGUACUUUUUAGUACUAUUAAUUUUGCAAUGUAUUAUAUUUACAUAUAAUAUGUGCAACAUGGCCACUGUACCUACUGAAAGCAAUUUAAGCAAAAACAAUUUAGCCUGAGAUGGCACAAUUUAAUGCAUGAGGGUGAUUCUCAUGAUGAAACCUGUCAAGAAAAUGUCCUGGCAUUUAACAAACAUUCAUCAAAGCAACAUUCAUGUUGAUUCGGUUCACGUCAAGAGAGAGAGAGAAAAAAAACACCGAAUAACCGACUAAUAUUCCUCAGUGUGUCAUGAACGUUUGUAUUUUACAUCCGUUUGACAGUUCAGGUCUCCCCGAGCAGCAGCAGCAUCAUCACCGCCCGCGUGCGCGCGCUCUCUCUCUCGGUAUUCCGUCCCACGCGCGCAGAGCCUCCCACGCGAGGAUUUGCGUCAAGCCGGCGCGUGGGAGUGAGAGAGCAAUGCAGCUUACUUCGGAAUAUCCCCGCAGAAGAGAGAGAGAGAGAGAGAGAGAGAGAGAGAGAGAGAGAGAGAGAGAGAUCAACACACUUUCUCUCCAGCGCGAGAGGUGGAGCGCAGUCCCGAGACAACGGCGAGCAACUGGAGUAGUCGCGCGCAGCAGCUGCGGAAGAAAGCCAUGUCACUGCUGUUGCCACGUUCUUUGGGAGAACUUCAAUUAUACCGAAUCCUACAAAGGGCAAAUCUGCUUUGCUACUACGAAGCCUUCAUCCAGCAGGGCGGCGAUGAUGUGCAACAACUUUGUGAGGCUGGCGAAGAAGAAUUCCUUGAGAUUAUGGCCCUCGUUGGAAUGGCGACCAAACCCCUCCAUGUACGACGGCUGCAGAAAGCUCUACGCGAUUGGGUCACCAACCCUUCCCUCUUCAACCAACCGUUGACGUCGCUCCCUGUUUGCAGUAUACCAGUUUACAAGCUUCCCGAAAACUCACCGGGGGUUCACAGCAACGGGCAACAGAACCAGCUCACAGUACCCAGGGCGUUAUUACCCACAAGUCCUAGUCCAGGAAGACUGGAUCUAAGCAGAGAUGGGACACCCGGGUGUUCGCCGUUACAGGGGGCCAGCGAGAGUCGUUUCUGGGGUAGCGAAAGCGAGCAUAGCUUAUCACCGUCUGGAGCCUGUUCUCCAUGUUCUCCUCAGGAUGUGCUCGAUAUUCUUGAUUUGGCCGCUGUCCAGUGUGUAACAGAAUGUGUGGAGAGAAUCGCCCAAACGUUGCCCAAGAGUGACCCCAUGGAAAUCAGAGAGCACAUCCGGGCCAAUAAGAAGCUAAGCAAGAUGAUCGGCCACAUCUGCGAGAUGAAUGAAGACGACCCACAGAAAGAGGCGGAGAUUCGGAAGUACAGUGCCAUCUAUGGCAGGUUUGAUUCAAAGAGGAGAGAUGGACGGCAACUUACGAUGCAUGAGCUAACGGUGAAUGAGGCUUCCGCUCGGUUGUGCAUGAAAGAUCUAUCGCUGCUGACCCGAAGAGAUGAACUUUUCUCAUUGGCCAGGCAAAUUUCACGUGAGGUCACCUACAAAUACACCUGCAGGAGAAGCAGAUCCCACUGCGGCGAUGAGGACGAGCCAUCUCCCAAGAUAAUCAAAUCUGAAGAUGGUGUUUAUGAUCUACAGGAGGCCCUACACGUUCUUCAUACGCGGCAGGAGACUGUGAGAGAGCAGCUCGCAAUAGCGAAAUCUAAAGGAGAGGAGACCAUCAGACACAGUCUACAGGUUCAGCUGGACUCCCUUUUGGCCAAGCAGGUGGAACUCUUGCGUGAUGCUGCAGUGCAGGAGAGGUUGAAAUCUUUAGACUGGCGGAUUCCAACUGCAGCUUUGAAAUACCUCACUCCCACUGCUCAGCAUUGCAAUAGCGGCCUUACACUUGUCUCUGGUGAAAGACCCCAAAACUUGCGUCUGACUGAUGUUCCACUGGGAAGGCAGCUGGCCAAUGAGCUGAAACGACAUCACAAACAGAAUGCAGAGGAACGGCAUCAUAAUCAACAGACCUCAGAGGAAAGAAAGACAGGGGCAACAGAAAACAUGUCCUCUCACAAGGAGACCUGCCUUUUGGACAAGAAGAUGAUCAAAUCAGAGCCAGAGGACUCCAGAUAACAUCUUCAACCUCUUUAAAAAACCAGUUAAUUAUUCGAAAUCAAAUUUUAGUUUGCUCAGUGAAUAUCUAGUACUGAAACAGUGUGGCCUUAUGAACUGUAAAUGCGUAGAGAUCCAUUUAUUUUGGUUUUAUUUUUAAGAAUUAUUAUUAAUUUUAGAAAAAAACAUGAACAUCUUGUAGUCAACAUAGAUGUAGAAAUUGUCUGAGAACAUAUUUGCGACUGUGCAUCAUUUUGUACAUAAUCUGUGUUGUUUAUUUGAUUGCAUGUCUUUAAACUAUAUUUAUUUUAUAACUAUUCGUUUGUCAACAGAAGCAGUCUCCAACUCAAGCACAACUAAAGUUUUGCAGAAAACGGUUCUGUAGUUCUUAGAUUUGUUGAGGUAUCAUUCCUCGUCAGUAGUUAAAUGAUGACAUUCAUCUGUUCGUAUUGGUUUGUCAAUUACGAUAAACUUUCAUAUGUACUUCGUAAUACCAUAUUGAAUAUGUAGAGUUAGCUUUGCCUUGAAAAUAUGUUUUUCUUUUUUUUUUCUUUUUUUUUGUGAUUGUGUCAAUUUAAGUGUUUGACAAAAGUGUAUUGUGUAUUUGUACAUUGUGUUACCAGCAACUCUUAUACUCAACGUAAAACCUGUAGAUCGUAUCUUGCUGUCGUAAAUUGUUAACUGUUUUGUUGUGACAGUGAUUUUUCGGACAAAAGUUCGUAAAUGUUUUUUUAACAGACAGUAAGUUAGUUUCUUGUGUGAUUGCGUGUCUUUUUUUUUUUUUUAACUCACAUUUGUCAGGUGUUUCACUCUUUUUUAUCAUGUCUUUGUGAAAUCAUCCUACAAAUAAAACCAAACU